CUCUUGCCUGUUGUGUUUCUUCUCCAAAAAUGUAUUUUGUUAUCUAUUAUGUUCAUUCACACUUCAGUGCUUUCCAUGCCGUUGUCAAUUUCGGUGAACUAUGCAGAUCUGAAUUUGUAGCUGUUUAAUAAGUUGGAGAUCUGUGUGGUUUGUCUGUUAUUAUGUAUUCGAUAUGUAUGUCCAUAAAAGUCUAGUCUUUUUCUUCAUUGCAUUAGUUAGAUUUUCCAUUUUCAAAUAGACCUCUCUAUUUGAUCUUAAUUUGUAUUAACAUUACAAUUACUUCGAGGACCCAAUAUUUUCCUUAGAAUCAUUCUUUCAACUUUUCCCAGUUUUUCAAGGUCACAAGAGCUUGUUCGUUAAUGUGUUCUGCUGCAUACAGUAUUACAGCUCAUAAAACUCCUUGAUAGUGUCUUAAUUUGUGUUCCAGAACAAAGAUUUUUUUGCUAUGGGGCCUAUAUGUUUUUCGUCAUUUGGACUGCCCAUUCCUUUUUAUGUUGGGCUACUUUAUUUUCUAAGGCUGUAAUUCUUUUCUGUUGCUUGUUAUCCAUUAUUCUAGGUAUUUGGAACAUUUUAUUUCAGAUGUCAUGUCGUUGUGAAUUUUAAGAUUAUUUUAUGGGUGCAGGCAGGAGGCACUUUGUUGAUAUUUGUCAUAAGUGAGCCAGUAAUUAACGUCAUAUCAUCCGCAAAAGCUAGAUACUUUGAUGGAUUUCCUCUAUUCUUUCACUACCAUCUCUACUGUGCAACUUAAAAGUAGAGUUGUGGGUGGAAAAUUUCUUCGUCUUUCUUUAAAAGUGCCAUGUACAAGACCUGAUGUGUCACAGUCAAAAGGACUGGGAGAUGCCAGAUGGACAUGGUAGUAUGCAGGAUCUACAAAACACUGACACAGAGAAGACUGCACCAGAAGGUGGAAGUUCUGUUAGCAGUGAGAUGAUUGUCAAACAAGAACCAGAAUACCCACCUUCGGAAAAUUUUCCUGUGCCUAUCACAUUCAAUACUUUGAAAAUAGAGGUUGUCGAAGAUGAAGAGAAGGCAGUCAGCAAUGACUUUCAAGAGGAAUGUUCACCUUCUGAAGAUUUUCUUGGGCCCAGCACAUUCAAUAUUGAGAAGGUGAGGGAUGAUGAAGACGAGGGGUCAGUGAACGAGCACGCCUUUAACGAGUUCAACCAUGGAGUGGAGUUGACAAGUAGUGGUGGUGAACCAGGAAGUACUAUCCCUGUUGACAUGGAGGACAACAAGAUCAGUGAUGGCAGUGGCAGAUUGGUUACCAACGUCACACUGUCUAGAGGAACAUGCAACAGGAUACAACGCACUAGCCUGCAGGAAACAUCUUGUUUGAAUGAGUUUGUUAUUAGGCAUCUAAGGCAAAGAUGUGACAUCUACAGUAAGACGUUUUCACGGUUGCAGGACUUGAAGGAGGACACAGAUGUGGACAGAUGUGAAUUUCUGCUUUCCUGCAACUUGUGUCACAAAGCAUUCACAAGUAGUAGUAGUCUGAAUAAACACUUUAGAGUGCACACUGGCAAAAAUCCAUACAAGUGCAGCAUUUGCAACAAAACAUUCGUACAAUAUCAUAAACUGAAGCAGCAUUUACUGGUGCAUACUGGCGAACGCCCAUACGUUUGUGGUGUGUGCAACAAGCCAUUCGGCCAAAAAAAUAAACUGAAGCAGCAUUCACAGGUACACACAGGCGAACGUCCCUACAUCUGUGAAGUGUGUCAGAAGAGAUUCAGGUGCAACAGCCACCUGAAGGAACACCUGCGACAGCACACUGGGGAAAGACCAUACAGUUGCAACAUUUGUCAGAAGAAAUUCACUUGUAAAGGUAACAUGAGAAAACACGUACUUACGCAUGACAAAACAACCAUAUACACUUGAUGUGUUUCCAAAGGCACUGACAAUGAGCUGUAUGCUGGAGAAGAUUUCAAUUUUGCGUGCAGGACACUUAACCACAGCUUGUAAGUACACUCUACAGCUGUUUAUAUGACUGAUGUAUUAAGUUGAAGAGAAGAAUUGACUUAAAAAUGCAAGAGUAAACUUGUAUCUAGCAUGA